AAAUAUUUCCAUCAAUCUCUUCCUCGUUGAUUUCAAAAAAGAUAGGUGUGACUUACUUAAUAAUUGAUGCAUAUGGUGGCGUUAAUUGGCACUAUCUACGACCUUUACAUUUCCACAGUAGCAAAUUAGCAUCACUUAUCUCGGAUGGCCUUUUCUUAGGAGUAACUUCAAUCAGCAAAAACAAGUGUGUUUUG